UUGCAUUCUGUGGCUGCACACAUCUCUCUCCAUCUUGUCAGCUACAACUCUAUCCGAGCCUUUCUCAGUAUCUUAAUGGGAAGAAAGAGAAGCCGAGACCUUGAGGAUGUAAAUGCAUUUCAGGAAUUCUACGCAACCUCCAUCAAGAGUGAAUCAUGAGUAAAGCGCAAGACAAGCUGGAGCAGAUGAUACCAUGAAGAAAAGCUCACGGGUCCUCCGUCACCAACUGCUAAGUCUUCUGAUCCUGGCACUGACUGAGGAAUUGAUAUCCACAGCACACAAAUUGUCUCCUAAGUCAAUGUCUCAGAGUUAUCUGAUGGACUUAACAGCUGUAAGAAUGAUCUUACCCAAACCGAGUGCCACUUCCAAGAUCAUAGACCAUACUAACAGACACAGGACUUCAGAUGCAGAUGGGAAUGCCUUAACGUAUCUUCAGUUAGCCCAUGACUCCAAGAGGGUGGAUACCAGCUUGGUUGACCCCACACCUACUGACAUCCAGCCAACCGUGUCGGUCUUACCAAGGGAUAUAGCCCAGAAUUAUCACAGAACAAUGGCAGUUACUGUGUCCUUGCACAAUCAAAGCACUUUGUAUUCAGAACAGACAGCUGCAGAUGAGAGACCGCCUGCUGUUCAAAAAGAUGAAUUAGUGGAACCUGCACUGCUGAAUGGGAAUGUAACACUGCAUUCUUCAUUUUCCACCAGUUCGUACAGAGAACUUGUGACAAUCUCUUCACCUGUUAACCAUCAGUCUGAGUUGGUUUCAAGUACAUCUGAUACCCACAACGUCACUACAUUGAAAUCCUCAAAUAAUGAAGCCACACCGAAUCAGCCCAACAACCUGCGUGACUUUAAGACUCUCCGGCAAGCUGAGGGAACAAAUAAUAUGGAAGAAGGGGUUUUACAGACACCAGUUCUUCCUUCCUUGCCAAGUAGUUUGGCAAUUAGUUCAUUCGCACAGGUCCCUCUUAUCUUUGAUAGCUUGUCAUUAAAAUCACUGACAGGUCUAAACUCGGAUUCGUAUAUCGUAACAACAGCUGAAUAUCCCUCAUAUAAAGAUGCACUUCAGGAUUUAUUGAAAGUUAGCAAUCGAAACCUCUCAGCUGUGUUUGGGUUUUAUACUCCAUCCUCUCUGGUGGCCUCCAGCAUGAAGGAAAGCGAUGCUUUAACUGCCGGCAUCCUGCCAAGCACAGCUUCACCUGGGAUCUCUUCAGCUUUCACUGAAUCAGAGUCAACAGCAGCAGGAAGCUUCCUGAAUAGAAUUGUCCCUGCUGAGACCAGAGGCCCAGAAACUCCCGGCAACAUUUCCCAUGCAAUGGAAGUCGAUAAGCCUCAACAAAAAGCAACUAUCUGCCUCAGCAAAGUAGACAUAGCCUGGAUUAUUCUGGCUGUCAGUGUGCCUGUUUCAUCAUGCUCAGUUUUACUUACAGUGUGCUGUAUGCAGAAAAAGAGGAAGACAUCAAAUCCUGAAAACAAUUUAAGUUAUUGGAACAAUGCAAUCACUAUGGAUUAUUUCAAUAGACACGCUGUGGAACUUCCGAGAGAAAUCCAGUCACUUGAAACAUCAGAGGACUGCCUGUCUGAACCACAAUCCCCUCCGAAUGGUGACUAUGUGGACACUGGAAUGGUCCUCGUCAAUCCAUUUUGCCAAGAAACGCUCUCCUCCCAGAAGUCAGAGAACUUCUGAGUUGUAAUCUCGUGACCAGGAAGGCAGAGUGAAGCUGCGUUUUCUGUGGUGGCUCUAAGAUAUUUAUUAUGAUCAGCCAGCUGUUUGAACCAAUGGACCGCAUUUCCAAAACCUCACAGAUCUUUUUUAUAUGUGUAAAGAAGACUUUACAAAACUGCGCUUUAUAAAAUUAAAGUAUUUCUAAACAGAAAACUAUUUCAUUAUUUGACUGUUUCUUUGUGAUUUCCC